GCCCACGCUCGUUUGCCCUAUUAGAAGGCUGUGUUAUUGCUGGAGAGAGCUAACCCCGGUAGGAAUUCAACUGAUUUGGUUCCAUGGCUCCCUUCCCUUUUUGCUAUGUUCAUUCGCUACCAGCGUCCGUUGAUCCCCGCUGAAGCUAAUCUAAGCGAUGAAGGACUUCCAUCGUAGCUAGAGAUGACCCAAAGCUCGCAUCACGUCGACGAUGUAUCUCAGUUCCAAGAGUUUGAGCCAUGGGAGCUGAAUUCUCAGUAUGCCCCAACCCCCGGAUACAUCGGCAGCCCCUACGUCUCGCGAUCCAGCUACAGCCCUUCCCCAUCCCGUGAGCUUGUGAAUGUACCUGAGGCGGCAAGCCAAUCACGGCCGGAUACUCUCAGACUGCUCCAGCUGUCCGAGUGGGAGGAGGGAAGAGCGUACGAUGAGAACCCACCGAGCUGUAUACACUACUUAAUAGAGUGGCGUGUCACUAUCAACAACCGGGUUGUGGCUAAGGACACGGACGAGGACCUCGUCUUGGCUCCUAGUGCGCACUGGCAGCUGUUCUUAGAGGAUAAGUUAGAAAACGUCCUUCGACGAAAGGUUUCCCGCAACCGACGGGUGAGGGCUGAUGACACCGAGAUUGUCGUAUCAGUGAAUGAUCGUUCCCAUCGUGACUUGACCAAGCGAUUCGACAACACCGAUAUAAACUGGACUGCCAUUGAGAAACAACUCGUGAUAGGAUGGACGCUCUCCAACCGGUGGACGGAGAGGUGA